AUGGUGAUGAAACCGGAAGUGGAGCAGGAACUUGCUCAUGUGUUGUUGACAGAACUGUUGGCGUACCAGUUCGCCUCGCCAGUUAGAUGGAUCGAGACGCAAGAUGUGUUUCUGAAGGAGUACAACACCGAGCGUGUUGUGGAGAUCGGGCCGUCGCCCACGCUAGCCGGCAUGGCUCAGCGGACGAUCAAGAGCAAGUAUGAGUCGUACGACGCCGCUUUGUCGUUGCGGCGGCAAGUGCUCUGCUAUGCUAAGGACGCACGCGAGAUCUACUACACCAAGGAUCCUGCGGAGGUGGCGGCACCUGCUGCUGCUGCUGCGGCUGCCGCACCGGCGACUCCUGCGGCGGCGGCUCCUGCGGCGGCGGCGGCUUCUGCGGCGGCUCCCGCGGCGGCUGCGCCAGCGGCUGCGCCAGCGGCGCCGGCUGCGGCCCUACAGGACCAGCCCGUCGAAGCGAAGUUGGUUCUGCACACGUUAGUGGCACAGAAGUUGAAGAAGACUUACGAUGCUGUACCAAUGGCCAAAUCCAUCAAGGAUUUGGUUGGGGGCAAAUCGACAGUCCAGAACGAGAUAUUGGGCGAUCUGGGCAAAGAGUUCGGGACUACUCCUGAGAAGCCAGAGGAGUCUGCGCUGGAGGAGCUGGCUGAGGUUAUGCAAGAGAGCUUUGAAGGCUCGCUGGGCAAACAAUCGACUUCUCUGAUUUCCAGAUUGAUAUCGUCCAAGAUGCCGGGCGGCUACACCAUUACUGUGGCCCGGAAAUAUCUGCAGAACAAGUGGGGAUUGGGCUCUGGCCGCCAAGACUCUGUGUUUUUGGUUUCUCUUGUUCAUGAGCCAGCCUCCCGGCUGGGGUCCGAGUCGGAUGCCAAUGCGUUCUUUGAUUCGAUGGCGCAGAAGUAUGCCUCGAUGGCUGGGAUUGAUCUGUCUGCGGCACAGGCUGGCGCAAGCAGUGGUGGCUCAGCCGGCUCGGGAGACGCAGUUAUUGAUGCUGCCGCCUUUGAGGAGUUGACGAAGGACCAGAGAAUCAUGGCUCGGCAACAACUUGAGGUAUUGGCCAGAUACUUGAAGGUGGACCUAAACAAGGGAGAAAGAAAAUACUUGAAGAGCCAGGACAGCUUUGCUGCCCUUCAGGCUCAGCUUGAUUACUUGACCGAAGAACUUGGCAGCUUCUUCGUACAGGGCGUCGCUACCUCUUUCUCUAAGAAGAAGGCCAGAGUGUUUGACUCCUCUUGGAAUUGGGCCAAGCAAUCCUUGUUGACGCUUUAUUUUGAAAUUAUUCAUGGCGUUUUGAAGAACGUUGAUAGAGAAGUUGUCACGGCUGCCAUCAAUAUCAUGAACAGAUCGAAUGAUGCUUUGAUCAAGUUCAUGGAAUAUCACGUUUCUCAUACAGAUGAGGAAAAGGGUGAGAACUACCAGCUUUUGAAGGCGUUGGGUGAACAGUUGAUCGAGAACUGUAAGCAAGUAAUUCACCUAGACCCUGUCUAUAAGGAUAUUUCGAAGCCUACUGGGCCGAAGACGAUUGUUGACGAGAAGGGUAACAUUACUUACCGCGAAGAACCUAGGGAGGGCGUGAGAAAACUAUCACAAUAUGUCCAGGAGAUGGCUUUGGGCAGCCACGUCACCAAACAGUCCCAACCCACGAUUCAGGAAGAUUUGACCCGUGUCUACAAGUCGAUAUCCGCCCAGGCCAAUGAAGCGAAUAUCUCCGAGGGGACUAAACUGCAGUUUGAGAAGCUUUAUGGGGAGUUGCUGCAGUUCUUGGAGGCCUCUAAUGAGAUCGAUGCUUCUGCCACCACCACGUUAGCUGGCGUGGACGAUGAUUCCCUUGACAGAGACUCCACCAAGGAGGUUGCUUCCUUGCCAACAAAGACUGCCAUUGAAAAAACUGUCUCCUCGACGAUACCUAGAGCAACUGUUCCGUUCUUGCACCUGAAGAAACAACUGGCUAGCGGCCAAUGGGUUUAUGAUAGACAACUCUCUUCCAUGUUCUUAGAUGGCUUAGAAAAGGCGGCUAUUAACGGUGUCACAUUCAAGGAUAAGUAUGUGCUAAUCACUGGUGCCGGUCAGGGUUCUAUUGGUGCGGAAUUGCUAGAAGGAUUGUUGCAGGGUGGUGCUAAGGUCAUCGUUACAACAUCUCGUUUCUCGAAGAAGGUGACUGAAUAUUACCAGUCUGUUUAUACGAGGUUCGGCGCUAAGGGCUCUACUUUGGUUGUUGUACCGUUCAACCAAGGUUCUAAGCACGACGUAGAGUCUCUCAUCGAUUAUAUCUAUGACGAUCCAAAGAGCGGCGGUCUCGGUUGGGACUUAGAUGUCGUAAUUCCUUUCGCAGCCAUUCCGGAAAAUGGAAUUGAGUUAGAAAACAUCGAUUCGAAGUCUGAGUUUGCGCAUCGGAUCAUGUUGACUAACAUCUUGAGAAUGCUGGGAUGCAUUAAGAAGCAAAAAUCCGCCCGCGGCAUUGAAACGAAGCCUGCUCAGGUGAUAUUGCCGCUGUCUCCUAACCAUGGUACCUUUGGUGCAGAUGGCUUAUACUCAGAAUCCAAGCUUGCGUUAGAAACUUUGUUAAACAGAUGGCACUCUGAGUCGUGGAGCAACCAAUUAACUAUCUGCGGUGCAAUCAUUGGCUGGACUAGAGGUACCGGUCUGAUGACAGCUAAUAACAUCAUUGCUGAAGGGAUUGAAAAACUAGGUGUUCGCACAUUCUCUCAAAAGGAAAUGGCAUUUAACCUCUUAGGCUUGUUGAUCCCUGAGCUUGUUCAGUUGUGCCAGAAAUCCCCUGUUAUGGCUGAUUUGAAUGGUGGCUUGCAGUUUAUUGAGGACUUGAAGAAGUUUACUGUUAAACUACGGGCUGAUUUGAUGGAGACUUCCGAGAUUCGGAGAGCUGUCUCCCUCGAAACUUCUUUGGAGCACAAGGCGGUUUAUGGGCCACAAGCGGAUACUGGCCGUGAUGACGUCUAUGUUCAACCAAGGGCAAACAUACAGUUGAAUUUCCCAACCUUGAAGCCAUAUUCUGAAAUCAAGAAGAUUGCCCCUGGAGAACUGGAAGGCCUAUUGGAUCUGGAAAAAGUUAUCGUUGUCACUGGCUUUUCUGAAGUUGGUCCUUGGGGCUCCUCGAGAACCAGGUGGGAAAUGGAAGCCCACGGAGAAUUCUCGCUGGAGGGUUGCGUGGAAAUGGCUUGGAUGAUGGGCCUCAUUAGAUACCACAAUGGCAAUUUGAAGGGCCGUCCAUACACAGGAUGGGUUAACACCAAAACUAAUGAACCACUGGAUGACAUAGAUGUCAAAGCGAAAUUCGAACCAUACAUUUUGGAGCACAGUGGUAUCAGAUUAAUCGAUCCACAAAGCUUCGAUGGUUAUGAUCCUCAGAGAAAGCAGCUGCUUCAGGAAGUUGUUGUCGAAGAGGACUUGGCGCCAUUUGAGGCUUCGAAGGAGACGGCUGAACAGUUUAAGUUAGAACAUGGUGAUCGGGUAGACAUUUUUGAAAUACCUGAAACCGGGGAGUACUCCGUUAAACUAUUGAAAGGUGCAACAUUAUUAAUUCCGAAGGCCCUCAGAUUUGAUCGUCUAGUAGCAGGCCAAAUACCAACCGGUUGGAAUGCGAAGACCUACGGUAUCUCUGAGGAUACCAUUUCUCAAGUUGACCCGAUCACGUUGUUCGUGUUGGUUUCUGUGGUUGAAGCCUUCAUUGCUUCUGGUAUUUCUGAUCCUUAUGAAAUGUACAAGUACGUUCAUGUUUCUGAAGUCGGUAACUGUUCUGGUUCUGGUAUGGGUGGUGUCUCUGCUUUGCGGGGUAUGUUCAAAGACAGAUACAAAGACAAGCCAGUUCAGAACGACAUCUUACAAGAGUCUUUCAUCAACACCAUGUCCGCAUGGGUGAAUAUGUUGUUGAUAUCUUCGACUGGCCCAAUCAAAACGCCUGUGGGUGCAUGCGCAACUGCCGUGGAGUCUAUGGAUAUUGGUGUUGAGACGAUACUAUCUGGUAAGGCUAAAAUAUGUAUUGUUGGUGGUUAUGAUGACUUCCAGGAGGAAGGUUCUUUUGAGUUUGGGAGCAUGAAUGCUACAUCGAACUCCCUCGAGGAGUUUGAGCACGGUCGUACUCCAGCAGAGAUGUCUCGUCCUACUACCACAACGCGGAGCGGUUUCAUGGAGGCGCAGGGUGCAGGUAUUCAGAUAAUUAUGAAUGCAGACUUGGCUCUGAAAAUGGGCGUGCCAAUUUAUGGUAUUGUCGCAUUAACAGCGACUGCCACCGAUAAGAUUGGGCGGUCUGUUCCUGCUCCGGGGCAGGGAAUCUUAACAACCGCUAGAGAACAUCAUGGCUCCAUGAAAUACCCAUCGCCUUUGCUAGAUAUCAAAUACAGAAAGAGGCACUUGACCGCUCGGGAAAAGCAGAUAAAGGAUUCGGUUGAAUCUGAGUUAUCGCUUCUCCAAUACGAACUGGAUGGGAUUCCCGAAGAGGAACAAUCCACUUUCCUGGCAGAGAGAACUGAAGCCAUCAAGCGUGAUGCAGCAAAGCAACUGAAGGCUGCCCAGGCUCAAUGGGGUAACGAGUUUUAUAAGAAUGAACCUCGUAUUGCUCCUUUGAGAGGCGCGCUUGCCACUUAUGGUUUGACUAUUGACGAUCUUGGAGUUGCUUCUUUCCACGGAACAUCUACCAAGGCGAAUGACAAGAACGAGUCCGCUACUAUUAAUCAAAUGUUGAAGCACUUGGGUAGAUCUGAGGGAAACCCAAUUAUUGGUGUAUUCCAAAAAUAUCUAACCGGUCAUCCGAAGGGUGCAGCUGGUGCAUGGAUGAUGAAUGGUGCUAUUCAAAUCUUGAAUUCUGGUAUAGUGCCUGGUAACCGGAACGCUGACAAUAUAGACGAAGUCAUGGAGCAGUUCGAGUAUAUCCUAUAUCCAUCACACUCCAUAAAGACUGAUGGUAUUAAGGCGGUUUCCGUGACGUCGUUCGGUUUUGGCCAGAAGGGCGCUCAAGCUGUUGUUGUCCAUCCAGAUUACCUAUAUGCUUCUCUGUCUGAGAAGGUUUACGGAACAUAUAUGGAGAAGGUAGCCGUUAGGGAGAGAUGUGCCUACAAGUACUUCCAUAACGGUAUGAUUAACAACUCCCUAUUUGUUUCUAAGGAUAAAGCCCCAUACACCGACGAUCUGGAACAACCUGUUUACUUGGAUCCGUUGGCCCGUGUUUCCAACGAUAAGGCUGGGACUUUAACGUUUAGCGCCAAAAACAUACAGGCGAACCAAGAGGGUUCCUUUGCAAGCAAGGAUACUGCUGAAGUUGUGAAACAGAUGACUACUCAUUUAGCGUCUCAAGGCAAGACAGGCGGAGUUGGGGUUGACGUGGAGUUAAUCAGGUCGAUCAAUAUUUCCAACGAAACCUUCAUCCUUAGAAAUUUCACCCGUGAAGAAGCUGAAUAUUGUCGUAACCAACCCUGUGCCCAAAGUUCCUUUGCAGGCCUCUGGUCCGCGAAAGAAGCUGUGUUUAAAUCUCUUGGUGUCCGCUCUCAGGGCGCAGGAGCUCCUUUGCGAGAAAUAGAAAUUCAGCGUGACACAGCCACCGGCGCUCCGAUCGUUCAUCUGCACGGGGAAGCAAAGAAGGCUGCUACUGCUGCCGGCGUGCAUUCCGUCAGAAUUUCGAUCUCCCAUGACGAUUUCCAGGCGGUGGCUGUUGCCAUUGCGGAAAAGUGA